UGCCCAGAUACAGCGUUGCGCACUCCUCCAUGGAGCCUGCCGAGCUGGAGCAGGCACUGCGCAGGGUACCGGGGUCCCAGGGGGGCCAGGAGCUGGAGCAGCUGAGGCCAGAGGGCAGAGGGCGCACCACUGUGGAUACUCCCUCCUGGAGCAGCCUUGGGGGACCUGAGCAUCAAGAGAUGAGCUUCCUAGAGCAAGGAGAGAGCCGUUCAUGGCCAUCCCGAGCUGUGACCACCAGCUCAGAAAGAAGCCAUGGGGACCAGGGGACCAAGGCCUCUAGAUGGACAAGGCAGGAGGAUGUAGAGGAAGGGGGGCCUCCGGGGCCGAGGGAAGGUCCCCAGUCCAGGCCAGUUGCUGAGUCCACCGGGCAGGAGGCCACAUUCCCCAAGGCCACACCCUUGGCCCAAGCCGCUCCCUUGGCCGAGCUGGACAACCCCCCAACAGAGAGGGACAUCCUCCCCUCUGACUGUGCAGCCUCAGCCUCCAACUCCAACACAGACCAUCUGGAUCUGGGCAUAGAGUUCUCAGCCUCAGCGGCGUUGGGGGAUGAGCUUGGGCUGGUGGAAGAGAGGCCAGCCCCGUGCCCAUCCCCAGAGGUGCUGUUACCCAGGCUGGGCUGGGAUGAUGAGCUGCAGAAGCCGGGGGCCCAGGUCUACAUGCACUUCAUGCAGGAGCACACCUGCUACGAUGCCAUGGCGACCAGCUCCAAACUGGUCAUCUUCGACACCAUGCUGGAGAUCAAGAAGGCCUUCUUUGCCCUGGUGGCCAACGGCGUCCGAGCGGCACCUCUGUGGGACAGCAAGAAGCAGUGUUUCGUGGGGAUGCUGACCAUCACAGACUUCAUCUUGGUGCUGCACCGCUAUUACAGGUCCCCCCUGGUCCAGAUCUACGAGAUUGAAGAACAUAAGAUUGAGACCUGGAGGGAGAUCUACCUUCAAGGCUGCUUCAAGCCUCUGGUCUCCAUCUCUCCCAAUGACAGCCUGUUCGAAGCUGUCUACGCCCUCAUCAAGAACCGGAUCCACCGCCUGCCGGUCCUGGACCCUGUCUCCGGGGCUGUGCUCCACAUCCUCACACAUAAGCGGCUUCUCAAGUUCCUGCACAUCUUUGGCACCCUGCUGCCCCGGCCCUCCUUCCUCUACCGCACCAUCCAAGAUUUGGGCAUCGGCACAUUCCGAGACUUGGCCGUGGUGCUGGAAACGGCGCCCGUCCUGACUGCACUGGACAUCUUUGUGGACCGGCGUGUGUCUGCGCUGCCUGUGGUCAACGAAACUGGACAGGUGGUGGGCCUCUACUCCCGCUUUGAUGUGAUCCACCUGGCUGCCCAACAAACAUACAACCACCUGGACAUGAGUGUGGGAGAAGCCCUGAGGCAGCGGACACUGUGUCUGGAGGGCGUCCUUUCCUGCCAGCCCCAUGAGACCUUGGGGGAAGUCAUCGACCGGAUUGUCCGGGAACAGGUGCACCGCCUGGUGCUCGUGGAUGAGACCCAGCACCUUCUGGGCGUGGUGUCCCUCUCUGACAUCCUUCAGGCUCUGGUGCUCAGCCCUGCUGGAAUUGAUCCCUCGGGGCCUGAGAACCUUGGAACCUUCGCUCUCAGGCCACCUGGCACACCUGGAAGCCAGUGAAGGGAGCCGGGGACUCAGCUCUCACCUCCCCUCAGCCCCACUUGCUGGUCUGGCUCUUGUUCAGGUAGGCUCCGCCCGGGGCCCCUGGCCUCAGCAUCAGCCCCUCAGUCUCCCUGGGCACCCAGAUCUCAGACUGGGGCACCCUGGAGAUGGGAGUGGCCCAGCUUAUAGCUGAGCAGCCUUGUGAAACCUACCAGCAUCAAGACUCACUGUGGGACCACUGCUUUGUCCCAUUCUCAGCUGAAAUGAUGGAGGGCCUCAUAAGAGGGGUGGACAGGGCCUGGAGUAGAGGCCAGAUCAGUGACGUGCCUUCAGGACCUCCGGGGAGUUAGAGCUGCCCUCUCUCAGUUCAGUUCCCACCUGCUGAGAAUGUCCCUGGAAGAAAGCCAGUUAAUAAACCUUGGUUGGAUGGAAUUUCCACACUCGGUAAGAACUCAGGCUGGAAAGAGGAAACCUCUUUCUAAACACCCAUCUCAGUCAACUGGACAUGAAAUCAGACUCUUUCCUUGUAGCCCGGUUGCUAGAUUUGCAGACGGUGGGGGUGCAAAUUCCACCUGCUUGGCAGAGGUUCUCCUAUUGGAAAGGCAAUCGUCCCUCUCCAUUUAGUCUUCCACUCUCUUUCCCUCACAGGCUUCUCCAGGCCUCCCCCAUAGCCCUUGCCCUGUCUGUGCUCCCAGGAGGCCUCAAGAGUGCCCGGUCCACUGUGGGAUGAUGAAAUUAAGGAGAACGGCUGCAUCAAGCCUGGGGUUUUCUGAACCAGAGGCACUAGGAUUACCCCGGGGCUGACUGCACCAUGCCCACCCAUGGCUCUCCCCUCACCUGGCUCUCCCGGGGGUGAGGGUGGGGGGUGGGGAGCCCUUCAGCCACCAGUUCGGUCUGGGGCUCUGGACUGCUCAGCUCCUGGACUACCUGGCACUUGUCCCAGUGGUGUUCCCCCCCGGAAACUACCCCCGCGAUUGCUCACAACUUUGCCACUGCCCUUGUGCUCUCCCAGCAGUGCCUUUCAGGGCUGCCUGUUGGCGUGAGGGGUCCCCCCUCCAUUCUCACCCUUAGCUCUUACCAGUGAGCAGGGCUGUCGGUCCCCUGUGAGGGCCCUGCAUUUGGAUGACGGAGGAUGAACCAUUGAGAAAGCCAAAAGAAUAACCCAUGAACUUAGACUUCAUAAGUUUCACUCUGAAAAGGCUCCGGUCAUCCUGAAUGUGUGGUUCUUUCUGAAUUCAAAGACACAGAGGAAAAUUUGAAAUGGACAGACCUUGCAAGUGACGCUUCUUUUGCGUGUGAAAAGAAAUUUCCUUUUCAUCUUUUAUUUAUAACAAAACUAUGAAGGAAACCUUCAUCAGUUACUUAUAUCCAACUCCGUCCACACACUCUCAUCUGCAAGAAACGUUAACUGAAUUUUUCUAACACUGGAUGUAAUUUCCAGCACGAGCUCCAUUUCACCAGGCGGUAGAAAUUAAUCUCCGUCACUCCGGGGUUCCUCUUCCACGUUUUCUUGGGGUUAAUUUUGGUGGUGGCGGCGGGGGGGGCUUUAAGUGGUAUACGACUUUGGCCUUCAGCCAUCAUCAUCCCUCCAUGCCAGCACCUGCUGAAACAUCCGCAUGCCUAUGUGGUUGGUCACUGGCGGGGCAGAGGUGGGGCAUGGCCCCCGCAAGGUACUCCCUCCCUCCCUACCAUGAAGCCUCCUCGGGUCUGCCUGCUCCUGGGGCAUGAGGACAUUUUAGGUCCUGUCCCUGCACCCCUCCGGGCCUCUGGCAGCUCUGCAGGGCCAUCCCAAGCCCAUCCGUUGAGUCAGACAGCAAGGGGUCCCUUCCCCUCUGCGCUCAGCUGUUUCCCCAGCCUCUACCCAGGAAGCAGGGGGCCCAGGGUUCUUCCAUCUUUGACACUUCCAAACCUCCCUGGGAUGUUUGUCAUGCUCCCCACUCCCUUCAGACACAGCGCCCUUGUCAGGGCCCUUUUCUCAACCCCUGUCCCCCAUUGUCCAUAUAGAGUCUCUUUGCUUCCCCAGGGCCCACUGUGGACUCUUUACACAGCGGGGAAAGAGGAGGCCUUUUUCUCUAACCCAUCUUACAGGCUUCCAAAUUCACCGUAUGUGUCUUGAGUUCUUGUGAGCCAGGCUUCUGACGUUCCAAAGCCAAGACUGAGUUUCUGCUGUGUCACCCCUGUGGUAAUGGACACUGCAGGUCUGCUGUCCGGGGGGAGAGGGAAGGUUAACAUUUCUAAAAUAUGAUCCUACCCCAUUUACCUCACAGAGCGACAGAGUGAGGACAUCUGUGUUUGAUGAGUCAGGCUGUAAAUGAAGAUAUUUUCUCAUGGACACUCAGCUUCUGUGUCUGGUUUUGCCAUAACCAAUGGGUCAGUGCUGGUUCUGCUCUGGCCCUACCUGGGAAGGUUCUGGAUCUUGGGCUCAAGUGGGAGGAUGGGACAGGGGGUGCCCUCAGUGUCAGUGGGGAGUGACAGUGUCUAUGGGGAGCCUGGGGUAGGCGGUCUCCAUCGGCUCCAGGUAGAGUGUGGCAGGAUCAGUUUUUUGAGGCGGCGUGGCAGGUGGUUCUGCAUGAGCAAAACUUCAGCCGUCACAGCCCAGGCUGUGGGUGGAAAGGACAGCCCGGGAAAGCACUCUUUCCCCCUCCUGCUCCCCUUGAAAAAGGAUUCAGGAUUUGCCCCCCUCAGGCCCUUCCGUGAGCCCCACCCCCAGUCUCAAACCCCCUGCUCUGCCCACAGCCCAGCCCUCUCAUCAUGGCCACUGGAAGAGAGGUGAAGGGUUGCCAUGGAAACUGCAACCACUCCCACUCAAGCUCAGAAAAGAAGUGUGAAACCCGCCCUGCCAUCCCCUCUGCUCGAUUGUGCCAACCUGGGCUCAUCAAGUUCUCCAGGCAUCAUGCCCUCAUUGCUUCCCCUGGGCUCCAAAGCUGUCAGGCUAGACUCCCACAGCCUCCUUAGCAUCACAGAGGUUCUCAACCCUGGCUGUGCAACAGGAUCACCUGGGAAGUUUACUAUAAUGCAAAUCCCAAUGCCUUCUUUCUAGAAAUUCUAGUUUCCCGACUUGGGGGUGAGACCUGGGCAACUGUAUUUAUUUUCUGUGGAAACUAGAGAUUUAUGAUUAAUAACACCUGGUGAGCAUGACAGGGUACUGAGAAAAAAGAAUGCCUCCUUCUCAUGAUUAGUAAAGUCAUUUGUCAUGGUA